AUUAAGAAUAGUAAUAUAAUCCCAGAUUAUGCAAGGGAAUAUAAGAAUGAAUAUCUUUUUAUAAGAGGGAUUGAUAAGACAUGUGAGAAAUUUGUAAAGAAAUUAGAUAAUGAUGGAAAGAUAUUUGAUAGCCCACAAGCUAAUAAUAUUAAGUUUCACUUUAAUAAAUUUUUGAAAGCUCAAGAAAUAGAAUAUCUUAAAGAUAUUAGUGAGUUUUAUUUAAAAGAGAAUGAUAUUAGUUUUGUAGAAUCUUUAGGAUUACAAUUAGAUGAUUAUACUGAUAGAUAUCACGAUCCAGAGAGUUAUGGGUUUGAUCAGGAAAAGUAUGAUAAUAACGUAGAAAAUGAUUAUCCAGGAUUUAAAGAUUUUUUUGAAAGUUUGAAAAUAUUCCAGGAUAAAUUAAAGGUAGAUUAUAGUUUUGAAUCAUAUAUUGAAAAGUUAGAAAAUUUAGAUACUGAAAGUGAAAGUGAAAGUUAUAUUGAUGAAAGUUAUAUUGAUGAUAGUGAUAGUGAUGAAGAAAUUGAUGUUGAUGAAAUAUUUGAUGAUAGUGAUAGUGAUANUAUAAGAGGGAUUGAUAAGACAUGUGAGAAAUUUGUAAAGAAAUUAGAUAAUGAUGGAAAGAUAUUUGAUAGCCCACAAGCUAAUAAUAUUAAGUUUCACUUUAAUAAAUUUUUGAAAGCUCAAGAAAUAGAAUAUCUUAAAGAUAUUAGUGAGUUUUAUUUAAAAGAGAAUGAUAUUAGUUUUGUAGAAUCUUUAGGAUUACAAUUAGAUGAUUAUACUGAUAGAUAUCACGAUCCAGAGAGUUAUGGGUUUGAUCAGGAAAAGUAUGAUAAUAACGUAGAAAAUGAUUAUCCAGGAUUUAAAGAUUUUUUUGAAAGUUUGAAAAUAUUCCAGGAUAAAUUAAAGGUAGAUUAUAGUUUUGAAUCAUAUAUUGAAAAGUUAGAAAAUUUAGAUACUGAAAGUGAAAGUGAAAGUUAUAUUGAUGAAAGUUAUAUUGAUGAUAGUGAUAGUGAUGAAGAAAUUGAUGUUGAUGAAAUAUUUGAUGAUAGUGAUAGUGAUAAUGAUAGUGAUGAAGAAAUUGAUGUUGAUGAAAUAUUUGAUAAACGUUUUGAUUUUUCAGUGCCUGAUAGUGAUAUUCUUUAAUUAUGACUUAAAGUCUUAUAAUCUAAUAAUAAGAUUAUAAGACUUCAUGCCUAACCAGUUAUUUGAUUAUCACAUUGAAAUUUUAUGUAAACAGAUUAAGGAGGCAAAAGAAACUAAUAAUUUAAAAAGAGAAAAAAUCUUGAAAGGUUUUACUAGACUUUUAUCAAUUUUUAAUAAUAUUUAUAAAAUAAUGGAAAAUUAUGAGGAUUGUGAUGAGUUUGAAGAAACACGUUGUUUUUAUUCCUAUGUAACUCAAAUUUUUUUUAGGUAUUUAGAAAAUUAUAUUGAAGGUAAAAAAAUUAGUUUAGAACGUUUAAAAAUUAUUGUUGAUUGCUUGGCAUAUAAAUACGCUUUUUAUGGUGGAGGUUUUGAUCAAAGAGGAAAUAGUUAUUUAUCUUUAGGGAAAUGUGUUGGAAAAGAUGAGGAUGAUUUUGAGGAUUUAGAUAUUCCUAUACCAAUUACAAAAACAGAUAAAUGGUAUAAUGAUUUAAAGUUUAUUAACAAUAGGGAAAAUCUCAUUUGAUGAGUUGUGUAGGGAAAUUUCCCAAUAAAAUAAUCUAAUCAAAUAAUAAAAUGGAAUCUAAAAACGAUAUUCCUACAAAAGAAGACCUAGAUUUUAUAGUUGAUGAUGGUUAUAAUCAUGAUGAGGAUCCAACAUAUGAACCUAAAGAUUCAUCCUCGCCAGAUGAUGAUAAAUACGUUGUUUCAGGUAAGGAGUUUAAAAAACUAACCAGAAAAGUUAAAAAACUCGGUGCUGAAUCGCUUGAUUAUUCAUCACGCAAAAAUAACAAAUAUGUAGCAACACUUUCAAGUGGAAAGAAAAUUCAUUUCGGGUCAUCACAGUAUCCAGACUAUCUUAUCCAUAAAGACAAAGAUCGAAAAGAGAGGUAUCUCGCUCGAGCUAAAAAGAUUAAAAAUCAACAGGGAGAGUCAACUUAUACUAAUCCUGAAUCGAGUAAUUUUUGGUCCGUAAAUUUACUCUGGCCAGAGAAAUGAUUUAAAGAUAUCUAGUUAUAUAAAAAUGAAAGAUUUAAUAGUUUCGAAGCAUUAUUUGGAUAAUUUUGAUGAAAAAAUAAAUUCAGGUUUUUAUCUUGACAAAAUUAAUAUUGAUGGUAAAUUUGAACUUUUGGAACAAGAAGAAAAAUGUCUAGUAUUACUUUGUUGUAAUGGUAAAUCAGAUGAUGGUAGUGAUGGUCUUGCUUUUCGUUUACCACUUUCUCUUAGAUUUGAUGAAGAAUGGUUUAAGAAAUAUAAAGAAAUAAAUAUAAACAAAGGAAGUAUUAUUUCUUAUUAUCUUGAUGGAUAUUUAAAAAUGAUUUAAAGAAAUAAAUUUUAUAAUAAAAAAAUGCAGUUAUCAAGUUACGAUCAUCUAACCCCAGACAACAUUAUCUUUAAUGAAGCCAAAGAUUUUAAAGUAAAAGAUAGCAAGAUCAAAUACAAACGUAUCCCAAUUGAAGUCAAAGAUCCAAAUGGAAAGAAAGGAGCUUUGGUAAUCGAAACUCCACUUCUUUUCUCUUUUGGCGUGAGUGAGAAGAAUAACCAAGAAACAAACAAGUUAGUAGGUUAUAGUAUUCCAGUAUGUCUUUGGGCUAAAGAUAGCAUACCGAAUACUAAAGAAAAAGCAUUUUUUGAUGCUAUUAACAAUGUAACAAAUAUCCCUCAGCAACAUCUAGAGAAUGAAUACGGUGCAGAUCUGGCAUCAACUCUAUCUUCACCAUUUUAUUUCAAACAAGAAGAAUAUACAGAUAAGAAAGGAAAGAAGAAAACAAGAAUAGAUCACUCAUCCGCACCAGUUCUCUACGCUAAACUUAUUUACUCUGAGAAAUCAAAGAAAAUUCUUUCACUAUUUAAAACAAAGGGAAAGAAAGAUUUAAAUCCUUUUAAAUAUAUUGAUCAAUACUGCAAUGUUAAAAUGGCACUUAUAAUAGAAGGAAUAUUUACUAGUAAGACUGUAACAUCUUUACAAAUAAAAGUACAUGAGUGUUAUGUUAAACCAUUAAAACCUAGAGAGUCUUUACUAACAAUUGAAGAGGAAGAGGAAGAGGUUACUGAGCAAGUAGUUGAAGACUUAGUUAUCUCUGACAAAGAAGAAACUGAGUAA